UGCUGGGGCGGAUCUAACGGCGGAGCCGCGCGCUCAGUCACGGACAGAUUCGGAGCGGAAACGUCGUUCAUGUGCGGAGCAGAGGAAGCGCUCUGGCUGGAAGGAAGGGAUGAGAGCAGUUAGCGAGCGGACAGCUGCACAUCUGGAUGGGGAGGAAGAUCGGAGGAGAGCAGCGUGAAAGGAGAGAAGAAAGAGAGCAGGAGGAGGAGGGCAGCAGCCUUUGGUAACUCAACCUUACCUUCCUUCUUCAUUUUUCUUUCCACAAAAACCUUCAAUCCGCCGCUGAAAGCUGCGCCGCUCCAAGAAAACUUUUCUUCCCAAUAAGGUGAAAUCAAAUCAAAAAAGAAGAAAAAUCAUCUGUUAAAGUUCUGAGCUCACCUGAGAACUGCUCUGAUCAGAGAGAAAAACUUUGCUGCGGGAGCGGAGGAAGAAGACAUGUCUGCCUGAAAACAGGAGAGAAAAGAAAGGAGGAAAAGAAGACUCUCCUCCAGGAAAGUGUGUCGGAGCUGCUCCUCCGCGCGCCCGCCUGCAGCCUGCUCCUCCUCCACCUCCUCAUCUACAUCAUUACAAACAAGGGAGACCCAAUCAAGCGCGUAUCUCGUCGAUUCACGCACGCGCGCACGUGUGUGUUUGUUGUGAAGCGUGUCGCGCGCGCGCGCCCAUGCUGCCUGAAUGACUUGCCUCCCAGCAGAUGUUUUCUCGCAGCACACCUCGGGGAGCCUCCUCCUCCUCCUACUCCUCUGAAGCGGAGGAAGAGCUUGAAUGAAUGGAUCCGGAGAGGAGCUCCAGCGGCUGGUGCCAGAGGAGCGCAUGGAGCCUGUGAACUCGCCUGUUGCCACUGAGUCACACUGAGGAUCACAGGGAGACGCAAAAAAAAAGGGCGCAGAUCGGCCGUUAUUCUGUUGGACCCCCACCCUUACUCCACCACCUCCAUCAGAGCGGAGCGGUGAGCCGCGCGCUCCUCUCUGGCUCCUUCUCAUCCCGGUUUUUUUUUAUUUUAUUUCCCCGCAAAACUGCAGCCAAGUCCUCCGCCUUCAGCAGCUCGGUCUAUGCGGAGCCAGGCGGGGGAGAAACUGGAUCAAAGCUCCUAAGGAUAUCCCCCCCCCCCCCUACCCCCUUCCCUCCCUCCCCCCCUCCCCUCCCUGUUGCUGGGACCCUGAAGCCGACAUGCCGCGGAGGAAGCAGCAGGCGCCCCGGCGCGCCGCAGCUUAUGUCCCAGAUGAUGAGAAGGAAGUAGCCUUGUUGGAUGAGGAUGUAGAUGGUGAAGAAUCUGCACAAGAAGGCGAAGAACCUGCAAGCAAGUUCCUUUGUCAGGACAAGGAUUUCCUUUUCAAGGAAAGGCCAGAAUCUGCUGGCAUCCAUGGCUCCCCCAACGCAGCUGACUUUUCUGGUCAGGAACUGGACAGUGAAUCUCACUUGAGUGAAUCAUCAGACAGAAUGUCAGAUUUUGAAAGCUCCUCCCUUAAAAAUGAGGAUGAUGUCCUUCUUUCUAAAGACCUUUCCAAUGAACUGUCUCCCAACUCCUCUUCAGUCAUGAUGGCUGCCACUAAUGCUGCUUCCUCAGUAAGUGGAGAAGAGGCUAUUUUGGCUGCCACAAGUUCUGUGGCUGACAGCCUGGAGAAAAUGAAGGCAAUUUACACUUCCUUUCUGAGCAAUUCCUAUUGGUCAACGCUGAAUCUGAACCUGAGUCAACCUCCUGCAGAGAAGCCCCCUCGCAGUCACAGUAGCAGUAGUAGCAGCAGCAGCAGCAGUAGCUGUGGUAGCGGAGGUUACGACUGGCAUCAAUCUGCAGUGGCUAAAAGUCUCCAGCAGGCUUCCCAGAACCACCACAACAGACUAAGUUUGGUGCAGCAUCCUACAGUAGCGGUAACAACAGCUUCUACAGAACCCAACCUCUUCAGCACUGUCCAGCUCUACCGCCAAAGCUCCAAACUAUACGGCUCUAUAUUCACUGGUGCCAGCAAGUUCCGUUGUAAAGACUGCAGUGCUGCGUAUGACACUCUGGUGGAGCUUACUGUGCACAUGAAUGAGACAGGCCACUAUCGUGAUGAUAACCAUGAGACAGACAGUGAGGGAACAAAACGUUGGUCAAAACCCAGGAAACGCUCCUUACUAGAAAUGGAAGGGAAAGAAGAUGCACAAAAAGUACUUAAGUGUAUGUACUGUGGACAUUCCUUUGAAUCCCUCCAAGAUCUCAGUGUCCACAUGAUCAAGACUAAACACUACCAGAAAGUGCCUCUGAAGGAACCUGUUACACCGGUAGCCGCAAAGAUUAUCUCCUCUGCUCGAAAAAGAGCCCCCGUUGAUUUGGAAAUCCCCAGUUCACCCGACUCUAAUGGAGGCACCACACCUAAGCCAACCACCUUCAGUGACACGAACGACAUACUGCAAAAGAUCAGCAACCCAUACAUUACACCUAACAAUCGCUAUGGGCAUCAGAAUGGUGCCAGCUACGCCUGGCAGUUUGAAUCCAGGAAGUCGCAAAUCCUCAAAUGCAUGGAGUGUGGCAGCUCUCAUGACUCCCUGCAGGAACUUACUGCUCAUAUGAUGGUGACAGGACACUUUAUUAAAGUUACAAAUUCUGCUAUAAAGAAGGGCAAGCCAAUUAUAGAGUCCCAGGCUCCCACAUCCAACUCAACAGUCGGAGAAAAGGUGCAAUCAGUUCCCCUGGCUGCCACAACUUUCUCUUCUCCCCCUGCGCCAGUGCCUCCUCCAACUAGCAUCUCGCCGAUGGCAAUGGUUGUCGAAAUAAAGAAGGAAGAAAAGGAGGAGGAAUGUACUCAAGAGGUCAGUAUCAACACAGCCAAUGACCACAACAAGGACAAGAGGGCAGACAUGGAGGAGGAAGCUGAAGAGAAGUUUGAUAUCCCUUCAAAGUACAGCUAUUUGACUGAAGAGGAUCUGGAUGAAAGUCCAAAGGGGGGGCUUGACAUCCUCAAGUCCUUGGAGAACACAGUGACCUCAGCCAUCAACAAAGCCCAGAAUGGAGCUCCAAGCUGGGGUGGAUAUCCCAGCAUCCAUGCAGCCUAUCAGCUCCCAAAUAUUAUGAAGCUAUCUCUUGGGACCUCUGGAAAGAGCUCCCCCCUUAAAUAUAUGUUUCCUGGAGGUGAGAUCCUCUCUCCUACUGGCAAGAGUCAACCCCUUAUUUCCCCUCCCAGCUGCCAGACCUCUCCACUGCCUAAAAACAACUUUCAAGCAAUGGAGGAGCUUGUUAAAAAAGUGACAGAGAAAGUAGCUAAGGUUGAAGAGAAAAUGAGAGAUCCCAGUAUGAUUGCGAGUGAUAUACCUCUGAGGAGAACCCCACCUUCACCCUGCAUCAGUGAGGCAGAAGAAACAACCCGAAGAGAGUCACCCAAAAGAAACAAAGCAGAGGACCGCAAAACUCCUGAAAAUACAGGUGAUCGGGAAACAGUAUCUGAGGAUAACAGAACAAGCCAAAAAGAUGCCAAUAGUAGUGCUUCCACAAAGCAGUCUGGGGAGAAUGGAGUGGAGUCCACUGCUGUAACACCCCCACUGCCUGCCUCUCUGCGUGGCAGUACGGCCAUUAUUACAGACCACCCACCUCCCGAACAGCCAUUUGUCAACCCUCUCAGUGCUUUACAAUCAGUGAUGAACGUCCACCUGGGGAAGGCCGCUAAGCCUGCACUGCCAUCGCUUGACCCCAUGAGCAUGUUGUUUAAGAUGAGCAACAGCCUGGCAGAAAAAGCAGCAGUGGCCUCCUCCACCCCACCGGCUCACACCAAAAAGGCCAAUAACGACCAUUUAGAUCGCUACUUCUACCAGCAACAUCUAAACGACCAACCUAUAGAUCUCACCAAAGGAAGAAAUGCUGAUAAAGGCACUAACGGUGGUUCUUUAAGUUCAACUACUCUUUCUUCUACCAACUCCACCCCAUCAAUUUCUCCAUCUUCUGCAGUCACUAUGACAAAGGCCUCCGCCACAGUAGCUUCCUUCAUGUCAAACUCACCUUUGAGAGAAAACGCCCUGUCGGAUAUCUCUGACAUGCUAAGGAACCUGACAGAAAGCCAAGCUCUGUCCAAGUCUUCCACACCAACCAGUCAGUCCGAGCGCUCUGACAUUGAAGGUGCCACGCAAGAAGAAAUCGAAGAUGUUUCUCCUGCUCAGAAGCGCAAAGGCCGCCAGUCUAACUGGAACCCUCAACACCUCCUUAUACUACAGGCCCAGUUUGCUUCCAGUUUGAGACAAACAAAUGAUGGCAAAUACAUGAUGUCUGACCUGAGCCCACAGGAUAGAAUGCACAUCUCCCGUUUCACAGGCUUGUCAAUGACUACAAUAUCCCACUGGCUGGCUAAUGUUAAGUACCAGUUGAGAAGAACCGGUGGCACCAAGUUCUUGAAAAACUUAGAUUCAGGCCACCCAGUGUUCUUCUGCAGUGACUGCGCCUCCCAGAUUCGCUCACCAUCCACCUACGUGAGCCACCUUGAAUCCCACUUAGGCUUUCGUCUCCGAGACCUUGCUAAACUUUCUGGGGAGCAGCUGCUCAGUCAGAUAUCACAGCAACAUCAUCACCAUCGUCACUCCAAAGGACUCUCCGAAAAGCUGUUUUCUAGUCUGCACCCAUCCAGCCACCCGCUGCCAUCUUCCCUUCCGACCUCCGUGCCGGCAUCGUUACCAGUCUCACUCUCCUCGUCUUUAUCGGCGUCUUUGCCUUCGACUGAAUCUCCAACUUCCACUCCUGAUGAUGAUGAAACUGGCGCAGUCUACCAGUGCAAGCUCUGCAACCGGACUUUUGCGAGCAAGCAUGCAGUUAAACUUCACUUGAGCAAGACGCAUGGAAAAUCCCCUGAGGACCAUCUGAUGUAUGUGUGUGAGCUGGAGAAACAGUAGCACUGUACGAUGCGAGGCUUUUUACAGUACAGAUGACUUUCCUGCUGUCUCACUCUUUAGUCUUUGACAGACAUUAAAAGAGGAGCAUAACAAGAGAAAACUGCACAAAGAUGCCACUUAACUACUGCUAAGAGUGUUGGCACAUUGUUUUUAACUUGUGUUGUUCGAGUUUUUCUGUUGUUUGGCGGUUUUUUGUUGCUUUUUUCAUGUGAGGAAGACCUUUUCCAGCCCUAAUCUCUUCUUUUUACCAGUCUUCUCUGACUAAAGUAGAUUCAUACUUGAAGCAUUUUUUACCUGAUAAAAAGAUAAAGUUAAAUGAAGGUAUAAGAGAUCCUAAAAUUGUGUGAUUGGUUUUUCUGUGUUGAAAAGAAAUUAGGGUUAUUGAUAGUUUUUGCUGCAUGCAUAUCAAUAAAACCAUCUUGUUAAAUAUUUUAUAUCUAGAUCUGGUGCAAUUUUACGACGGCGUAUUGUGGUCAUAUUAAAAGAUAUAAAUUAUUUUUAAUUAUAAAAAUAAAGAUAUCAUAUUAGGUCUAUGAGAUCAAAGUCGUAAAAAUAACAAGAAUAACAUUGUAAUAUUACAGAAAUAAAAUAAUAAAUCUACAGGAAUAGAAUUUGAAUAUUAUGAGAUUUAAGUUAAAAUAAUACCAGCAUAAGUCGUAACCUUGUUAAAGUAAAGUCAUUGGGUUUAACAGAACGUAAAUAGUUGCUAAAUAUUAUGAAAAUUAAUUCAUAUUAUGUUGACAACAUUAAAGUCCUAAAACUAAAAGAAUACAUUUGUAAUAUUAUGGAAAUAAAGUAAUUAAAUUUAAUUUAAUCUAUAACAGUAGAAAUGAAACAAUACAGAUUUGUAAUAUUAUAGUGAUACAGUCCUAACAUUACAAAAAUAAUAUAUGAGGUCUAGUAUUAUCUAUUCUAAUAUAGAAGAGAAAUAAAACAUUGCAAGAUUAAAUUCGUUAAAGCUUUUCGUCUUAUUAAUAUUACAUUUUUUUCUCAUAAUAUUUGACGUCAAUACUAUUAUGACUAUUUUCAUCGCGCAGUGACUUUAUUCUUGUAACGUUACUCCUUUCUGGUACCAAUAAAAAUCUUAAUGUCUUAAUAUGGCCAUAAUACUCUGUCCUGUAAUUUCUAUGCCUUUUUGUUCUUUUUUAAUAUUUCACUGCUAAUUGCUUUCUUUUAAAUCCACGAGUCUGCAUUUAAGAUUUAACCUUGUGGGAACUUCAAAGCAUAGAAAUAAAAUAGUUACUGUACAUUAUUUCUGCAUUGCUGGAUGUCAAAACUACCGUGGCGAAUCUCAUCCCAAACGUAAAAGGGUUUGGGAAGCAUUCUUUCUUAGGUGCAAGGAUUUGACCCUGAGCUUCAUUUUAGGACUGGAGGUCUAUACACAAACAUUGUAUGGAGAAGAAAGAAAAUGAAAUAUUUUCCUUUGAUUAAUCAGGGACCUAUAUUAUUCAGGUCUGUGUACAAUAUGUAAAUAAAAACAUCCAGUUAAUUCCUGUUUAAAUUAUGCAUCAUUUCUAUAUUUUUUAAGUUAAAGGGAAAAUGACUAUUUGCAGGUGCACACUAUAUGAAGACAUAAACUUGUUUUGCACAAUAGUUUUAUAAAGGUGUCAUGUAAUUGAAAAUCCUGGGGGGGGAAAAAGAGGUAAAAGUGCAAAUCUUUUCAAUCUCAGCUCCUGCUAAAAAAAAAAAGUUUUUGUUUUUUUUAAAGCGGAGACGGCUGUAAAAACGUGCCCUUGUAAGAACGCUCAAAUAUGAAUAUGGUUGUACAAAAAGAUGUUCCUUUAUGAAUAUAUUUCCUGUGUAAACUGUUAUUUAAAAGCACUCUUGGUUGUUUCAUAUUGCUGAAUGCCUGUUUGAUUGGUCCUCUGUUUUUUUUUUUUUUUUUUUUUUUUUUUGUUCUGUCUAAUUACUCUGCCGUGAUUCCACACUGCAGCUUUAUCUUUUUGGGAUAUGAAAGGUAACCAUGGUUACUCUAACCUCUUGAGUGACAAGUUCUGCUACAUUUUUUGGCACUUCAUUUACUGAAGUAACUGACAACUGCCAGAAAAAAAUAAUAAUGAUAGUGAUAAUAAAUAAUGACGAUAAUGAUAAUAUAAAAAGUACUUCUGUGUAAAAUACGGGCAUGUAAAGGGCACAGACACUUAUGCAUUCUGUGCCGUUCGUCUUUUCCAUUUUUUUUCAUUUCAUUCUUUGGUUUUUCUGUUGUUGUUGUUCUUGACAAUGAAUCCCCAUUAUAUGACUUCGUAUAACCUUGUUUUCUACUGCAGCAUUAAAAAAAGAAACUGUUUUUUGCAA